AUGUGUUCCGCUGCGUGCUUCACCUUGUCCCUGCUGUGCGUAACGUGCGCGGCGCUCUCCGCCCCGCUGGAGGCGGAGGACGUUGUACCUGUUCGGGUCAACCCGAGAGGCGGCGGCCGCUUCUGGAAGCGAAGCGAGGAGCAGCCGAGCUUCAUCCUCAGCGCCUUCGGCCAGGACUUGACCCUGAACCUCACCCCGGACACCAGCUUCCUGGCGCCGUCCUUCAGCGUGCAGCGCGUCCGGGCCGGAGACCUCGGAGCUCCGGGUGCCCGGCGGACGGAGGAGAGCUCGGGGCGGCUCAGGGGUUGCUUCUACUCGGGGAACGUGGACCACGACGAGAGCUCGGUGGUGGCGGUCAGCCUGUGCUCCGGUAUCCUCGGCACCUUCAUCACGGAGGGGAAGGAGUACUUCAUCGAGCCCAAACGUCGCGGCGGCCUCGGCCCAGACUCUGCAGAGCAGCCGCAUGUCAUCAAGAGGAAGACGGUCACCAAAAGCCACGGGGUCCCCCUCCGGUUUGACCACACGGCGGCGGAGGAGGAGGAGGAGGAGGAGGAGGAGGAGGAGGAGCACACCGGGGAACGUUUUACGCACGGCCACGGUGACGGUGACGCGCAGAGGGAACCCCGCCGGAGACGCUUUGUGUCCGCGCCUCGGUUCAUCGAGACCCUGGUGGUGGCGGACUCCAACAUGACCCACUUCUAUGGAGAUGAAAUAAAGCACUACGUUCUGACCCUGCUGUCGAUGGCCGCCCAGCUCUACAAGCACCCCAGCAUCAAGAACUCCGUGAACAUGGUGGUGGUGAAGAUGUUGGUGGUGGAGGACGAGGAGGUCGGCCCGCAGGUCUCCAGCAACGGAGGCGUGGCCCUGAGGAACUUCUGCUCCUGGCAGCAGCUCUUCAACCCGGCCAGCCAGAGGCACCCGGAGCACUACGACACGGCGGUGCUCUUCACCCGGGAGGACAUCUGCGGACAGAAGAGCUGCGACACGUUGGGCGUCGCCGACGUCGGCACGAUGUGCGACCCCAAGAGGAGCUGCUCGGUCAUCGAGGACAACGGCCUGCAGGCCGCCUUCACGGCCGCACACGAGCUCGGUCAUGUGCUGAGCAUGCCUCACGACGACUCCAAGACCUGCGAGAGGCUGUUUGGAGACCUGGGAGGACAUCACCUGAUGGCGCCUCUGUUCGUCAGCCUCAACCAGACGGCGCCGUGGUCUCCCUGCAGCGCGCUCUACGUCACGGAGUUCUUCGACAACGGACACGGGGACUGCCUGCUGGACGUCCCGGAGAGCACCGUGCCGCUGCCGAGGGAGCUGCCGGGCACCACGUACAGCCUGGACCAGCAGUGCCAGCAGACGUUCGGGGAGGAGUUCGUCCAAUGCCCCAACUCCUCGGACAGUGAAGUCUGCAGCCAGCUGUGGUGUCAGGAGGACGGGACGCUGCAGUGCUCCACCAGGAACGGCAGCUUGCACUGGGCUGACGGCACCCCCUGUGGCCGCAACGGGACCUGCCUCCACGGGGCGUGCAGGCCGACCCAGGAGGUGAUGCAGCCGCCGGUGGCUGUGGACGGCGGUUGGAGCUCGUGGGGGCCGUGGCAGCGGUGCUCCAGAACAUGUGGAGGCGGGGUGGAGUUCUCCUACAGGGAGUGCACUGACCCCGGGCCUCUGAACGGAGGGAGGUACUGCGAGGGACAGCGGGUCCAGUACCAGUCCUGCAACACGCAGCCAUGUGAAGACAACGACGGAAAGAGCUUCAGGGAGGAGCAGUGUGAGAAGUACAACAGCCUCAGCUACCUGGACCUCCAGCGGAACAUGAAGCAGUGGAUCCCAAAGUACGCCGGCGUGUCGCCCAGAGACCGCUGCAAGCUGUUCUGCCGGGCCAGAGGCAGCAGCGAGUUCAAGGUGUUCGAAUCCAAGGUGACUGACGGGACGACCUGUGGGCCCGACACCACGUCGGUGUGCGUCCAGGGCCAGUGUGUGAAGGCCGGCUGCGACCAGGCCAUCGGCUCCAGCAAGAGGGUGGACAAGUGUGGCGUGUGUGGAGGAAGUGGGCUCACCUGCAGGAAGAUCACGGGCUCUUACAACAAAGCAACUUAUGGAUACAGCGACAUUGUCACAAUCCCCGUCGGCGCCACGAACGUCGACGUCAAACAGCGGAGCCACAGGGGGAUCAAACAUGACGGGAACUACCUGGCCGUCAAGCGAGGCAGCGGCGGCUACAUCCUCAACGGAAACUUCUCCGUGUCCACGGUGGAGCAGGACAUCCCGGUGAUGGGCGCCGUGCUGAAGUACAGCGGCUCCUCCACCACGCUGGAGAGGAUCCAGAGCUUCAGGCAGCUGAGGGAGGUCAUCACCAUCCAGCUGCUCGCCACCGCCGGGGACGCCAACCCUCCCAAGGUCAAAUACACCUUCUUCCUCCCCAGGGACGUGACCUUCAUCAAGUCCAAGGACAGGAAGGGCUCGUCGGCGUCCUCGCACAUGAUCCAGCCGUUCGGCGGGCCCGACUGGGCGCUGGGGGAGUGGUCCCAGUGCUCCAAGAGCUGCGGCUCUGGGUGGUCCAGGAGGAACGUCGAAUGCCGAGACAGCGCGGGCUUCCUGUCCGGCCGGUGUGACCGAGACCUGAAGCCCGUGGACAUCCGGCCCUGCGGCGAUGCGCCGUGCCCCAUGUGGCAGAUGGGGCCGUGGUCCGCCUGCUCGCGAACUUGUGGUCAGGGGGAGCGCCGCCGCACCGUCUUCUGCACCGACUACACCGGGAAGACCGUUGAACCGGAGAAGUGCGAUGCCAACAAAGUCCCGGCGCCAGUCUCCGUAGAAUGUCUCCACCAAGAGUGCUUGUGA